GUUACGCAAAUGAAAUGCAAUCCUGGCCUGGCCUGGCUUAACAAACAACUUCAAGGACAUCCGCGCACCGCUCACGUGCAGUCUGUGCACCGCCCUAACCUAGACUAUAAAUAACUGGCUGGCUAGCGGCGCUGCCUAGACAACCGCAGUGGUUGGGCAGGCCCUGAGCUGAGCCCGAUAGCCGUGCCGUGCCUGGCACGGAUCAGCGCGGCCCAAUCGACGCGGCGCGACGCGACGGCUAACGCGACUUGGAUGUCGAAGGUUUGGGUUCGCCACGGCGCUGUUUCAGUAGCGCGUCAUUAGCUGAGCGCGGCGAUACUUCCGCUUCUCCAGCUGCUAGCCAGGAUGACAACCAGCGAUGAGAUGGGCACCUUCUGCCACGACCACAUUCAGCAUCCGCUGAUGUGGUGCGACGACAAGAAGCGCCUGGUCGAGCGCAAGAAUGCCGAGGAGAGCCUGCGGAUGUGGCGUCGUCGCAAAGCCGAGGAAAACGCCCGCAAGGAAAAGGAUAAACAGGAGUACUAUGAUUUGUUUCUGCAGCACUGCCCGUGGGGCAGGCCAGGUGGCGGGGCGCCCAACGUGGAGGUGCGACGCAAGGACAUCACCGCAGUCGGACUGCACUCGACGCCCACAGUGACGACCGCCCAUCGCAUCAACUCGCUGCAGCCUUGUCGCUACAACGACUACUUCACCAUGCAGAAAAAGUGCCACAAGAACCCACUGGCCGUCUAUCACCACCACCACCAUCACCCGCCCGGGGCGGGCGGCCGGCUGAGUCACGCCCACUCGAUUCAUCAUCUGCAGGAGAGCGGCCCUCGGAGCAGCACUGUGACCAUCUGCGAGCGCGAGCUCCCGCUGAAGCCCGGCGUUAGCCUGGGCCACAAUGCCAACGGUGAGAGUAUUCACAUCGAACUGAAAGAGCAUCCCUCAAUGUCGUUUCGCAAUAAAGGGCAUCUGGACAUUGAGCUGCGCUACAAGCCCUCGCCGCCCUGCAAGGGCAAGCCGAUGCUCGACAAGAUUGUGGUCAACAGCGAGAGCGAGCAUCCGCUCCAAGAAAAGCUGGCCAACCAGAAAAAGAAGCUCCAGGCGAAGCUGGAAAAGCCGCCCUGCAAGGAGCCCUGGGGCAAGGCCGGGCCAGGGGGCAAGCCGUGGCGCAGUCCCAAGCAAGUAGGCAACACUUUCAUGAAAUCGCUGGGCUGGACAAAUAAGGAAAUGCUGAAGGAGCUAGACCAGGACAACCCCGUGACUCCGGCUGAGAAGAACACAUUCCGCAAGUCCAGAGGCAACAAGCCACCCAAGCCGCAGCGCUGCUGCGAGCUAUGCACCUGCAACUGCCCCGCCAUCAACAGCUCCAAUAGUCCACUGAAACCUUCCCGAAAGAUCCCAGCGCCGCCUGCCUGCGGCCUGCGAUCCCCGGCCAAGGAGUGCAAGCCCCACAAGCCUUGCCCCCAGCUGCCUCGAGGCCUCUGCGCGGGCAGCACCACCAACAGCACCUCGCUGGCCACGCCGGACCCCAGUGCGGAGAACGCAGGAGGCGGCGUGGAGCUGGUGCCACUGCUGGCGCGCCGGCGCGGACUACACCGGCCCAUCAGCCUCUCCAGCACGGACGUGACCAAGCGGACGCCCUCCCAUGAUAGGUACGCACCACCCAAGCACAAGACAAAGUCCAACAAAGCGCAGAGCAUCAGUAACAUCAUCAAAAACAUUAGCCACAUGAAGCGUCAUUCCAAGAACCUCAACUGCAAGCUGCAGUGCUGCAGCUGCAGCUGCAGCUGCAACUGCAACUGCAACGGCAACUGCAAGUGCGACAAAGCCGAGCACCGAGCACCGGCCUGUUGCCUCAAGCGCCUCACCCUGCACAUUCGUUAGGCAAGUCUCCCGACUGCCCCCAACUGUUGUCUCUGCUGCAGUCUUUGUUGUCUUUGUAUUUGCAUAUGUAGCUGUCUCUCU